UGACAAGGUCAGUGGUUCGGUGACUCAGUCUGUUCACAUUCCCCAAGGCGUUCAAACUUCAAAAUUGUUUGUUGCUCAAUUUCCAAUUAUCAGAUAUUUAAAAUUUAACCCCAAAAACAAAAUCCAGGGUUUUCUCUCUCCCCUCCUUCUUUCGACAUUUCACCGUCAACCUUCAAUUUCUAUAAAUUAAAAAAAUUCAUCCGCAAUUUCAUUUCAUAAAAUAUCCCCAGAUUUUUCGGGAAUUCGUCUCUCUUCCCUCAUUCAUCCUCGUGGAUUCUUUGGUCAUUGCUUGGUUACUUAGUGGACUCUUGAAGACAACUAAGUAACAACUAGCAAGCCACCCGAUUCAGAUACCAAGAAUGGAAGCAAAUAAUCAUAGUGAUGGCCACAUUGUUGAAAUCCAAAGAGAAUCUAGUCCUGAGAAGGGACGUUUUGGAGGAGGGAAUAAGUUUUGCGGGGAAGUACAUUGUGAGUUUGAAAAUGCUGGAACAAGCUCCGCAGAUGCUGCAGAGAGAUCAUCUUCCAUGCGAAAGCUUCUUAUUGCUGUUGUCCUCUGUGUUAUAUUUAUGACUGUAGAAGUUAUUGGUGGGAUCAAAGCCAACAGUCUUUCCAUUCUAACUGACGCUGCUCAUUUGCUCUCCGAUGUUGCAGCUUUUGCUAUUUCUUUGUUUUCUUUGUGGGCUGCAGGCUGGGAAGCUACUCCCCGCCAAUCUUAUGGGUUUCUGAGAGUAGAAAUAUUGGGUGCCCUGGUCUCCAUUCAGCUUAUAUGGCUUCUUGCUGGUAUUUUGGUUUAUGAAGCUGUUGUCAGGAUCAUACAUGAGACAGGUGAGGUUAACGGCUUCCUGAUGUUUGUGGUUUCUGCCUUUGGUCUGGUGGUGAACAUUAUAAUGGCUCUUGUAUUGGGUCAUGAUCAUGGACACGGCCAUGGACAUGGGCAUGGACAUGGACAUGAUCACGGGCACGGGCAUGGGAACGAGCAUCUGGAGCGUGGUCAUAGUCACACCCAUAGCCACGGAGUGAUAGUGACUGCAAGUCCUCGUCAUCAACAUAAAGAAGAGGAGCAUCAACAUUCUCAUGAAGACAAUCAUGCGGAGCCACUUCUGGAGAAUUCAAAUGGCCAUAAAGAACACAAUCACAAGGGAGAGAAUGAGAAGAAGAAAAAGAAGAAGAGGAACAUAAAUGUUCAAGGUGCUUAUCUGCAUGUUCUUGGGGACUCUAUCCAGAGUGUUGGUGUUAUGAUUGGAGGAGGAAUCAUUUGGUACAAACCCGAAUGGAAGAUAGUUGAUCUGAUAUGCACUCUUGUGUUUUCGGUGGUUGUUUUAUGGACGACUAUCAAGAUGUUGAGAGAUAUACUAGAAGUAUUGAUGGAAAGUACUCCUAGAGAGAUCGAUGCAACAAAGCUGCAAACGGGACUUUUGAAGAUGGAAGAAGUAGUGGCUGUUCACGAGCUUCACAUAUGGGCUAUUACUGUGGGAAAGAUUUUGCUGGCUUGUCAUGUGAAAGUAACGCCAGAAGCAGAUGCAGAUUUGGUACUCGACAAGGUGGUAGAAUACAUAAGGAAGGAGUACAACAUCAGCCACGUUACUAUACAAAUAGAACGUUAAACUGAUCGUUGAUGAUUGCUAAAUUUUUCUUAACUACCCCGUCGAUUGAUUAGUUUUGAUUUUGUUUCUUAAUUAGUUGUUUAGCAACAUGUAGCCUUUUUCUAGUUAGCAGAAAAAUCUGCCAAGUCUUUUGGCUAUUGUACAUGCUAUUGCUAGACAUAUAUUUCCUCCCCUUUUCCUGGGAGGACACCUCGUUAUGGAAGUUUAACAAAUGAAUGAGAAACUUCUUUCUUUGCUGA